UCACCACCAUAUAAUGUGAGAGGCGCCACCAUCAUGUCUGCAGGAGCACACUGAUUUUACAGAGGGCUUUUUGAAAUCUCUUUAUCAUGAUUUUUCAAGCACUUUUUGAGUGUAUGGACUUGUAUAGUUGGCUGCUGUUCAGUUUUGUUGUGUUACUUUUGACUGAUGUGGUCAGAAACUGGAGGCCACACAACUUUCCACCUGGACCCUGGGCUUUGCCUUUUCUGGGAAAUGUCUUCACAGGAGUUGGCUUCAAGACAAUGGAAAAGCUUGCUCAGGAGUAUGGUCCAGUGUUCAGCUUGAGGAGAGGCAGUGAGAGGAUGGUGUUUAUUUCGGGAUACAAGAUGGUCAAAGAGGCUCUUGUUAACCAGCUGGACUGCUUUAUUGAUCGACCUAUCGUCCCUCUCUUUCAUGUUAUCUUCAAGGGCAUUGGCAUAGCUUUGAGCAAUGGUUACCUGUGGAGGAAGCAGAGGAAGUUUGCCAACACUCACCUGCGUUAUUUUGGAGAGGGGCAGAAGUCACUGGAAACAUGCAUUGAAGUAGAAAGCAACUUCAUCUGUGAAGCUUUCAAAGAGGAACAAGGCAUACCAUUCAAUCCCCACUACAUCAUAACAAAUGGAGUGAGUAACAUCAUCUCCUCUGUGGUCUUUGGACAUCGCUUUGAAUACAGUGAUCAAAGCUUUCGCAAGGUUCUUGAGUUGGACAACGAGGCCAUUGUGCUCGCUGGCUCUGCUCAGACUCAGCUGUAUGAUGCCUUCCCCGGCUUGAUGCGGUACCUGCCAGGACCUCAUCAGACUGUCCUCGCAAACUACCAGGAGAUCAUGACUUUCCUGAAGAAGGAAGUAGAGAAGCACCAGGAAGAGUGGAACCCUGAUGACCCUCGUGAUUAUAUCGAUGUAUACCUGGCAGAGAUGGAAAAGAAAAAGGAGGAUCCCCAGGCUGGAUUCAACAUUGAAACCUUGCUGGUUUGCACCCUGGACCUGAUUGAGGCUGGUACAGAAACAACUGCCACAACUUUACGCUGGGCCCUUGUGUACAUGUUGCACUACCCAGAGAUACAGGAGAAAGUCCAGGCAGAGAUAGACAGAGUUAUUGGACAGUCUCGUCAGCCCAACCUGGCUGACAGACCCAACCUGCCUUACACUGACGCUGUCAUCCAUGAGACACAGAGGAUGGGAAAUAUUGUUCCCUUGGGAUUCCCUAAAAUGGCCAGUAAAGACACUACACUGGGAGGAUACUUCAUACCAAAGGGCACAGCUAUUAGCACAAUGCUUGGGUCCGUCCUGCUUGAUAAGAAUGAGUGGGCGACUCCAGAUAUCUUCAACCCUGAGCAUUUCUUGGAUUCAGAGGGCCAGUUUCGCAGGAGGGAUGCUUUCUUGCCGUUUUCAGCAGGUAAACGUGUGUGUUUAGGGGAGCACCUGGCCAAAAUGGAGCUGUUCCUGUUCUUUACAUGUCUCCUUCAACGCUUCACCUUUUCUCCUGUUCCUGGAGAAAUGCCCAGCAUGGAGGCCGUGGUGGGCUUCACCCAUUCCCCCGAAGAGUUCAGGGUGUUAGCUGUGCCCCGCUGAUUUUAAAGCAUUAGUGCUGUACUCUGUCCUCCCACAGAUGUGUUUUGACUUAUUUUGUCUGUGUAGACCUCUUCUUAAAGGACCAGUGUGUAGGAUUUAGUGGCAUAUAGCAGUGCAGUUACAGAUUGCAACCAUUUGAAUAUAGCUCAGCUUUCCAAGUGUGUAGGAGAAACUACGGUGGCCAGGAAAUUUGUGAAAAAUGCAAAAGGGCCUUUCUAGACCCAGUGUUUGUCCAUCCUAGGCUACUGUAGAAACAUGGUGGUUCAACAUGGCGGACUCCUUGAAAGAGGACCCACUCCCUCUGUAGAUUAAAGCAGCUCAUUCUAAGGUAACGAAAAUAUGAUGUUUCUUAUUCUCAGGUGAUUAUACAAAGUACACAAAUGAAAAUAUACCUACCUAAGAAUAUCAUAUAACUGUCAAUAAAUCCUCCUAAAUGUUACGCACUGAACCUUUAGGACAAAAUUGAUUAAUAUUGCCUGUUUGUGUUGUUCCACCUGAUGGGGAAACUUGCCUUACACCCGUAUCAUUAGUGCAUGGAUUUUGGUGACUUCACAGAAAAACAGAACUGUAAACACCUCUGUGAGAGUACCUGGACAUAAAGAUGAAUUUUGAAUAUUACGAAUAAUAGCUCACUGCAAACAUACAAUAUACUAAUACUGUAUUUAUCUAUCUGACAAGCUGUUGGAUCUUUAACAACAUGGUCAUUAACUUAUGACAUUGAUAACCUGUUGAUCCAUUAGGAGUUAUAUAACAGCAAUGCUUAUACAACAGGAGAUUAUGAUAUAUAAUGCAUUAUUAGAUUAUGAUGUCUCAUACAUUAGUUCCACGUGAUUUCUUUCACGUCACAAAAUCAAAUAUCACUUAAACACAAAUUAAAGCCUCAGUUCAAGUCAAGUCUAGAUUAACCUCAAUAUCCAACAUUAACUUAGUGAAAGUAGGAAAAACGAUCCAAAAACUAAACAUUGUUUUCGCUAUUAGCCUCUUUGAUUUUGUUAUGACUAAAUGAUAAAUAUAUUCUGUAUGAAUACGAGCAUUUAUCUUCAUCUAAAGCUAUGAAAUAUAGCAUAUAGUAAAUAGUAAAAGUCUGUUUUAAUUAUGUUUUAUUCUGUUCUUAAAUCAAUAAAGGAUUUUCCCAGA